AUAGUAUCUAAUAAAUGAGGGGAAAUAAUAGUAUUUACUCAUAGUGUUAUUGCAAGGAUAGGAGUUAAAGUGCUUACAAAAAUGCCUAACACAUAGUACAAUUUAAGUGUUAGCUAUUAUUCCAAGAAGCCUUUCUCUUUCCCACCCACAGACAAACGAUCCCCUCAUCAGCCCCAUUUUCCUUUUCCCAAGGUCUGGAUGUACACACAGCAAUGCAGGAGUAGGGAGUAGCAGGUGGGGAACAACAUAAGUUUCCCAUUCCCAUGGGAAGUAUUCCAUUCAGGGGCUAACUGAACACUCACCUGCUACCUUCCCAUUUUUACAGAGAAGAAAACCAAGGCUCAAAAAGAGAUUGGACUAGCCCAGAGUCAGGGGCAGAGGAACAGGCCAAGUUAGAACCUGCCCUGGCUCCCAGCCUGGCCCACUCUAUUUGCUCUACCUCCGGCUCUCUAGUGCCCAGUGGAUGUGGUGGCGAUCUAGGUAUUAAUCUUGUCCCUGCUUCUUCCCAGCCAAAUGACUUCAGACGAAUCAUGUAAAUUCAGCCUCAUUCCAAACACUUUAGGCUAAUUGUUCCACUAUCAUGAAAUAUGUGUUAUUAUUGGCUGCAUUCUGAGGAAACAGAGGGUCACGGUAAAGGUACUUACUCAAAGACAUAUGGUUGCUUUAAUGUCAGUUAAAUGGAGUAUCUUUGUAGGCAGCCCUCACAGUGCCCUGCAAGCAACUGGUGCUCGGUAUAUGGUCACUUUUACUAUUUCUUAUAAGGAAGUGAGUGACCCUGCAGGUCUCCAGAUGCCCUCAGGGCCCGUGGCCAUCCAGCCUGCCUGCCACAUGACAUGAGCGGUACUAUCUUUAGCCAGGGAGAUAUUUAUAUCCCCGAGGGAAGUUCUGUCCUCUACGGGGGAGCCCGAGAGUCAGUGGCCUCUGAAUCCAGUCCCCAAGCGGCGGCCCCCGCCCCUUCCUCUAGCCAUGCCGCGGGGCCCGGAGGCCACGGUGCAGGUGUGGGUGGGCGGCCAGCUCUUCCAGGCAGAGCAGGACCUGCUAGUGGAGCACUGCGGCUUCUUCCGCGGCCUCUUCCGCUCGGGCAUGCGGGAGGCGCGCGCGGCCGAGGUGCGCCUGGGCACGCUGAGCGCCGACGGCUUCCGCACCACGUUGCAGGUGCUGCGCGGCGAGCGGCCCGUGCUGGCUGCGGCCGACGAGCUGCUGCAGGCGGUGGAGUGCGCUGCCUUCCUGCAGGCGCCGGCGCUGGCGCGCUACCUGGAGCACAGCCUCACGUCGGACAACUGCGCGAUACUGUGCGACGCGGCUGCCGCCUUCGGCCUGCAAGACGUGUUCCACAGCGCCGCGCUCUUCAUCCGCGACGGCGCGCGCGAGCUGGCGGCCGAACUGGCUCUGCCCGAGGCCCGCGCCUACGUGGCGGCGCUGCAGCCCAGCAGCUACGUGGCCGUGAGCACGCACACGCCCGCACCCGGCUUCCUGGAGGACGCGUCGCGCACAGUGUGCUACCUGGACGAGGAGGAGGACGCGUGGCGCACGCUAGUCACUCUGCCCCUGGAGGCCAGCACGCUGCUGGCAGGCGUAGCCACGCUGGACAACAAGCUUUACAUCGUGGGGGGCGUGCGGGGCGCCAGCAAGGAGGUGGUGGAGCUGGGCUUCUGCUACGAUCCCGACGGCGGCACCUGGCGCGAAUUCCCCAGCCCACAUCAGCCGCGCUACGACACGGCGCUGGCCGGCUUUGACGGCCGCCUCUACGCGAUCGGCGGCGAGUUCCAGAGGAUGCCCAUGAGCUCCGUGGAGCGCUAUGACCCGGUGGCGGAAUGCUGGAGCUUUGUGGCUGACCUGCCGCAGCCGGCUGCAGGCCCGCCCUGUGCGCAGGCGUGUGGCCGCCUCUUCGUGUGUCUGUGGCGGCCGGCUGCCACCACGGCCGUGGUGGAGUACACAGUGCGGGCAGAUACCUGGCUGCCCGUGGCCGAACUGCGGCGUCCACAGAGCUACGGCCACUGCAUGGUGGCCCACCGCGACAGUCUCUAUGUGGUGCGCAACGGCCCUUCCGACGACUUCCUACACUGCGCCAUCGACUGCCUCAACCUGGCCACGGGCCAGUGGACGGCGCUUCCUGGCCAGUUCGUCAACAGCAAGGGAGCGCUCUUCACGGCCGUGGUGCGUGGCGACACAGUCUACACCGUCAACCGCAUGUUCACGAUGCUCUAUGCCAUCGAGGGCGGCACCUGGCGGCUGCUCAGGGAGAAGGCCGGCUUCCCGCGGCCGGGCUCCUUGCAGACCUUUCUCCUGAGGCUGCCUUCUGGCGCCCCAGGGCCUGUGGCCUCGACAACGCCAGAACUGUGAGCCCCAGAAGCCCUGGGUCACAGUUUGGAGGAGUACCAAGAGACUUCCCUGAGCCAUGGCUGAAUCUGUGAAGCUGGCCUUGGGAGCUGCUGGGAACUUCUCUCUCCCUGGUUCAGCUGUCUGGCUGGGUCUUGUUCCUCUGGUGGUGUGAACAUGUCGGAGAAGCUCAGAGCAACGACGAUGCUGGGGCCUGAGCCCUCAAAUUACUUGGGCUCUGCUGAGAGCUGGUGGGAAAGGGAAGUCAAGGGGGACAAGUAUCUCACCUGGAGACACACUUACUACAAUGCAGCUCAAACCUGCAUCUCUAGAAUCCUCUUCCCGUUACACUGUGCUGCAUCUCUUGUGCUGUCUCCAGGACACCGCAAACACUUCGGAGCACCUCUUCUAGCCACAAGCUGUGCCAGGCACUGGGGACAGAGAGUCAAACCAGGUUUGGUCCUUGCCCACAGGGCUCACAGUGGCAUGAAGGAGGCAGACCCACUGGCAGUUACAGGAACACAAGGUGAAGAACUCCUGACCACCCUGACAGGCCCAGCCCAACUCUGUCCCCUCCUAGGAGGCGCCUGUGCCGCCCUGAGGCCGGUCCCUCGGCCUGGCCCGUGCUCCUGCGAGGAGUCUCACCUCUGCCUGGAGGCUGCCCUCCCUGCACCAGAACUGGUGGCUCGUGAGCUUUCUGUCCCCAUGGUGGAGCCCCAGAUGCCUCUCCCUAGAUCGCCCCUCCUCCUUGUGCCCAGCAAGGUUCUGUGGAGGUUCAUGGACUUGCGUCGCUGCUGAGGGUAUCAGAGUCUGUGACUAAGCCCUGUCCUGGGUCCCCGGCCCCCCACGCCCCGGCUUCCAUCCUUCUGCCCUCGCCGAGCGCCUAGUUAAUGUCACUGCUCAGCCUGAAAACAUUUUCUUAAUGACAGAAAUAAAUAAAUAAAUAAAACCAGAGG